UGGGAGAGAAUGGAAGCAAUAAACUGUGCGGCCCCUUUAAGGCCGCGGCAUCCGCGGACCGUCCGCUUUAUGGAUUAUUUAACUAGUGCAUUUCUCCUCUCAGCCGGCUAUCCAGCUCACUCCGGGUUUAAAACGGUAAACCGGUCCCGAAGUCAAGAACUUGAUUAUGGGAAAAGUGCACGCGAAGUUAUGCGGGAUAAAUACGAGACGGGGGUGAAUGCACUGUGACAUUUCUGUUCUUUUUAUAUAUUUAUUGUCCCGGGCUUUCAGACCGAAUGACAACGACGCUCCGACACCUGUAGCCUCCCCAAACGGAGGUCCACCGCUGUGAAACAAAGUCACGUCGGCGUCAUCUCAUGUGAUAAACUACUAUCCGUGCUGCCGAUACUGCGACGCAUGCACAUGCAAUGGCUGACAGCGCGUGAAGAGUUAGCCAGAGGUCCGACGGGGACGCGUUUGGAUCCGCCGGGCCAGUUAAUGUAGGGGCAGCAUCAUGGUGGUGGAGAGAACGCUGCUGGCUGCACGCCAAGGGGACCUUCAGACCCUUAAAAUACUGCAGGCGGAGAAGGCGCUGCACGCCGGCGUGAGGGACCCGCUGGGGGCCACUGCAGUCCACCAUGCAGCCCGGUCGGGCAAGCUCACCUGUCUGCGCUACCUGGUGGAGGAUGCGGGGCUGCCUGGGAGCUCGCUGGCGAAGAACGGGGCGAGUCCUGCGCACGACGCGGCGGCCACCGGCAACCUGGCCUGCCUGCAGUGGCUGGUGACCCGUGGGGGCUGCAGGGCCUCGGACAGGGACAGUUCUGGGGCUACAGUCCUGCAUCUGGCAUCGCGCUUCAGCCAUCAUGAGAUCAUCCAGUGGCUGCUGAGGGGGGGGAGGGCGGACCCCAAGGUGGCCACAGACACGGGGGCCCUGCCCGUCCACUACGCAGCUGCCAAGGGAGACCUGCCCUCGCUGCGGCUUCUGCUGGAACACAGCCCCAGCGUGGUCAACGCCCAGACAAAGAAUGGGGCCACACCCCUCUACCUGGCCUGCCAGGAAGGUCACCUUGAGGUCGUACAGUACCUCGUCAAGGACUGUGGGGCAGAGCCACGGAUCAGGUCCCACGAUGGCAUGUCACCCCUCCACGCGGCAGCCCAGAUGGGCCACAUCACCGUCAUCGUCUGGCUGGUGAGCUUCACGCCGACCAGCCUGUCGGAGCGCGACAACGACGGCGCCACGCCGAUGCACUUUGCGGCCAGCCGCGGCCACGCCAAGGUGCUCAGCUGGCUGCUUCUGCACGGCGGCGAGAUCGUCAGCGACGGCUGGGGCGGGACCCCACUGCACGACGCGGCGGAGAACGGCGAGCUGGAGUGCUGUCAGAUUCUGGUGGUGAACGGAGUGCAUCUGGGAACGCGGGACCGCGACGGCUUCUCAGCGGCGGACCUGGCCGAGUACAACGGGCACAGUGAGUGCGCCAGAUACCUGCGCACUGUGGAGAACAUGAGCGUGGAGCACCGCGUGCUCUCCAGGGACCCGUCCGCUGACCUGGAGAGCAAGCAGUCGGACUCGGGCCUGUCCUCCCCCAUGGCCCCGUCCUCCUCCGCCCAGCCUGCUGGCUUUGAGGUGGGCUCACCCUCCAGCACUCUGUCCAACUACGACUCCUGCGCUUCCAGCCAAUCCAGCAAUGGCGAGAAGAGGAGCGGGGGGCAGCCGACGAGUGGCCCCAAUGGUUUCUCAGAUUCAGCUGUCACAGACACGCAGACCUGCAUGGAUGUGUCGAAUUCGGACGCAGGGGCGCAGAAGAGCGGGGCCUAUGGGCACAUGCCCGAUCCAGUCCCGCCCCCGCCGCCAGCAUACCCUCCCCCCCCACCCCCAGGUCCCUUUAGUCCCGCCCCCGAAGCCACCGGCGAUCAGCCCCCUGCUGAAAUCUACGUAAAGGUGAAGAAAAAUCUACGUCAUGUGGAGAGUGAAACUGUUGUGAGAGAGCAGCUGACUGCAGCGGAGUCCCCAGGCAGCUUCCGAAGGACAGACUCAACCCGAAGGUCACGCAGCUUCAGCAAGCAGCCCAGCACUGCCGACUACUACAAGGCCCUGGGAGCCGAGGGCACGGGGGGGCGACCCGAGAGAGCUAUGCUGCCCGGCCAGGAGGAUUCCCUGCUGCCGGGGGAACCGGCUGACGGACUGAAAAAUGGAGCCGUGGAGGGACAGGCGCCCCCACCACCGGCUCCACCCCCACCACCCCUCCCUCAGGCCCAUACCCAGCCCGCUCCCACACCCCCACCUCCUCCUCCGUUGCCCUCAGAAGCUCCACCCCACAAGUACAGCUCCAGCCAACGGCGGCCAUCAUCCUCCUCUGGAAGCACAAAGUCUUUUAACAUGAUGUCCCCCAAUGGAGACAACUCGGAGCUGCUGGCAGAGAUCAAGGCUGGCAAGAGCCUGAAGCCAACACCUCAGAGUAAAGGAUACUCCACCGUUUAUACCAACAGGCCCGAUGAGAGCAGUGGUGGGGCUCCUGCUUCUCAGCCUCCAGCCUCACUUGCUGCAUCAUCCCAGCUUCCCUCCCCAGCUGAUGCGUCGUCCCUGGCUCCCACCAUCCCAACCCCAGGCAGUCCACCGUCCUCCAACCCCCCGGUGAACGCCGUCAGCUAUGAGCAGGUGCCUCCCUUAGUGAAUGGCCACGCAAGGCCCACCCCCGUGCAGAAAGCUCCACUGGUGGAUGUGGAGACCCUGGUGCCCACCCAUGAUGAGCAAGGCAGGGCCAUCCCAGAGUGGAAGAGGCAGGUGAUGGUACGCAAGCUCCAGGUCAAGAUACAAGAGGAAGAGGAGCUAAGGCACAAGUUUGCCUCCAGAGGGUACUACGAGCCCCAGGACUGGCACUACUCCCACGCCCACAACGCCAUCCUUGGCCCAUUCGGGGAGCUCAUGACUGAGGACGACCUCAUCCGUAUUGAGCGGCAGAUCGAGAACCUGCAGGUCAUGCACAAGGUGCAAGAGGUGGAGACGGAGCUGGAGCAGCUGGAGCAAGAGCUGCAGCAGCUGCUACCAGUAUCUGCGGCACUGAACCACGAGCACUUCUCCGUCAACCCUAAGCAGGUCCAUGGGCAGGCGGAGGACCUACCAGCAUGGUGCAGCAAGAUCUCCACCUUGCUGAAGAGUAUGGCCAUCCUCCUUGCCACUCUUGGGGGCAAGGAGAUAGACAUCCUGGAUUUAGUCUCUCCGUUAUACGCUCAAGUGGAGAACAAGACUGUAACAAGCAGCUCAGCUGAUCCCACACAGCCUUCUGCUUCCGUAAACAUUGGAAGGUCACAGUCGUUUUCCACCCGGGAAGAGGUUGAGAAGGAGAUAAAACAGUGUGGUGUGUCAGUGAAGAACCUGAAGGCCAACUAUGAGGUUCAUAGCCGGCCUGAGUCCACAGAGAGCAUGGGCAGGGUGUACAAGCGUAAACGGUCUCUGCCUGUGGGGAGUGAGUCCAUGAGCUACAGGUCAGAGCCCAUUUUAGAGGAGGACUAUGUCUGCCCAACAGAGGACAUACAGUGGCACUCUGAGAACCAGGCUCCACCACUUGACGUGACUGAACUGGUGGAUGAACCCAUCAUAACGGCAUCCUGUGCUUCUCUGACCUACGCUCCUGAGAACCUCUCCCAGCCUGACCUAAAUCAGUACCCUUCACCCAUGUCCCCAGACCUGUUGCUGGGCCAUGACCAACAGACCCGCAGCCUAGAGGUACAAACAGACUUGAGCUACGUGCAAGAGUACAUAGACAUGAGGAAGGAGAGAAUAGUGUUUUUGUUUCUGGAGCACUGGCGGAAGUACACCUUUACUGAUUCUGUCAGGCCCAAAUACACCAGGAGACGAGGAAGCAGUCACCAGCAUUCCUCGUACUGCCUUAGCGAUGCAGAGGUGGAUAGCAGCGAGCAGAAUGAAGAUGACCGACUUAUCUACCUCAUGAAACAGAGGCAGGUGGUGGGCAAUCUGAUCGACCACUGGAGGACCAUCAUCAGUCAGGUUCCUACUAGGCAACUACGACGGCUCAGCCGAGCCCAGAUGAUCUAUUGGCCAGAACACUUCCUCCCGCACAUCAAUGGGGCUCCGGUCUCUUAUGACAGCCUGACUCUCGACCUCUUCAUGCUUGGGUAUUUCCAGCUGCUUGAGAUGAGCAUGUCUCGCUCAGAGCGCAAGUUCCGUCACCUACUCUGCUUCGAAAUGUUCGACCACCUGGGCAGUCACAGCUGGGAGCUGAUCCGAAGGUUCCACCAUGAGGUCAUGGAGGAGAUAGAGUCUGGUAAAAGGAAGUGGUCUGAUGGCUUUGAGGACAUAAAGCAGAAGUACUUUGGGGAUACUGUGGAGGUGGUGGAAGCGGUCAGUCCAUCUCAUGUCGAGAAACCUGACCCGCAAUUUUCUGAGGUCCCACCUGAGCCAAAGUUUGACCCAGGUCCACCUGUGAUGCAUGAGAAGGCAGCACCUCUAUCUGGAAUCCAUGAGGAUUCUCUUCAGGUGAUCUCUGAGCUAGGGGAGUUCAGCAAUGAGGAGAUUUGCAGAUACAUAGACCGCAGCUUCUCCUUCUGGAAGGAGAAGGAGGCAGAACUAUUUGACAUCUGACCCUUGCCAUGUAGCGAGUGACCUAAGAUUACAAGCUCAGGCAAAGACAAGGAAAGAUGGAACUCCAGUGAGCUGAGAGAUGUCUCUUAUGGGCUCUUGCUCAGCAACAAAUAGAAAGAUAACAUGAACAAACUUCUUUAGUUGAGUUAUUUUGCGAAGCACAGCCCUUGUUGACCUUUGUGGGGCCUUAGGGCACUGUGUGUGUAAUCACAUUGUAAUUCCAGAAGAAUACGAGCAGCAACAACUCAGCUGAGGAAUACGGAUGUGUAACACUGAGGAUCUCAACUGGCAUUACUGUCAAGAGUUUGUUUUCUGCAUAGCUAUGAAACAUUUUUGUAGUUUAUUGACUAAAAGUGGUUAAAACUAAGGAAUCUAUCUCAGUCAGUUUAUAGGUUGCUGAAAUGUUUGAAGUAUGUCAGGAAUUAUAGUGAAAUAAUUUGUUUUUGUUAAUUCCAGAUAUGUUUGGUACAAACUAUGGCAACCAUGUUGAUUCAUUUGGGUGCAGAAUAUUACAUACGUAUUACAAACAUUCUAUACCACAAGUGGUCAAGUCAAC